UCUGGGACCUGUUGGAGAUGACAGCUGGAGAAGGCGGAUUCACACACGGGGACCGGAGUCACAGUAGACCCAGCAGGAGAUAGCGAAGAGAAGCCCGCACGCUGCGCCGCGCCGCGGAAAGGGUCUAUAGAGAUGGACUCCCUGAUGAGUGCGGUGGCGCCGCGCUCCCCAGCCCCCGCCAAGAAGCUGUCCGAGGUGGACUUCCGGUCGGGGGCCACCCUGGAGCAGCUGUCGGCACGGGUGUCGGAGCUGGUGCUGGCGGAGCAAGGGGAGUUUGGAGACCAGACGGCCUUAGAGGUGCACACAGCUAAGGACUUUAUCUUCAACAUGCUAGGCUUAGUCCAGAAAGUGGACCAGCGGCUCCCAGUUGCCAACGAGUACCUGCUUCUGUCGGGCGGGGCCCGGGAGGGAGUCCUGGACCUGGACCCUGAGCACUUGGGCAACUACGUCAAAGGGGCCGAUUUCGACCUGGACUUCACCCUGCUGGUGCCUGCUCUGAAGCUCCAUGACCGCAAUCAGCCGGUCACCCUGGACAUGAGACACUCCCCACCCUGCCACUCAUGGCUCAGCCUCCGCCUCUGCGACUCCAACGUCUUAUCCCGCUGGAGCAUCUGCUGCCAGGAAGAGAAUGGACAUCCCACCGAGGAGGAUGAGGAGGACGAUGGCGAAAUGGAUAAAGGCUCCAUCCCCUCCCUGGGCUCCCAGUCUCUGGAUGGAUCCUACUUCUCUCCCUCCCUGGUGACCGACUGGUUCUGGGGGGUGGUGAGCGAAGCCGUGGAGGAGCUCAGACGAAGCCCCCAGAGAGGCAUCCCCUCUCCGGACCGACUGGAGAGGAACGGACCCCUCACCACCAUCAUCCUGCAGGCGGGCUCGAGCCGGGUGCUGUACGACCUGCUGCCCGUGGUGUCGUUCAGGGGCUGGCCCGCCGUGGCCCAGGGCUGGCUGACUGCCAACCACUUCUGGGAUGGUAAAAUCACAGAGGAGGAGGCCAUAUCGGGCUUCUACCUGCUGCCCUGCUGCUCCCCGCUGGGGGGGCGGCCCGACAGGGAGUGGAGGCUGGCGUUCUCACGCAGCGAGGUUCAGUUGAAGAAGUGCAUCCCCUUCCCUAUGGCCCAGGCUUACCAAGCAGCCAAGGCAGUGCUGUCUCGUAUCCUGGCUCGUCCCCGUGCAGGCCUCAGCCUCUACCACCUGCGUACCCUCCUGUUCUGGGCCUGCGACCGACUUCCUGGUGUCUACCUGUCCUGCUCCGAUUCCGACACUCCUGCCCGCCUCCUCCUCGGUCUCCUGGACGACCUGGCCCAUUGCAUCCUCGGUAAAAAUUGCCCAAACUACUUCCUGCCCCAGUGCAACAUGUUGGAGCACCUGACUGACAGCCAGGCACUGCUCGUCGCAAGAAAACUGGCGCACGUGCGCUCAGACCCCAGCGAUAACCUCCGGGCGGCUCUCGACCAAGCCCAGCAGGCAGGCCAGCUGAAGAAGGACCUAUCGGCGAGCACCAACGGCCACGGCUCCCCAGGGCAUCACUCCACCAACGGUAUCAUCUCGCCCUCGGACGACAAGCUGGCCCAGCGGCUGCAGCAGCUGGUCACAGAGAAUCCUGGGAAAUCAAUAUCGGUCUUCCUGAACCCGGACGAUGUCACGCGGCCGCACUUCCGGAUCGACGACAAGUUCUACUGAGGCGCACACGCCGCAGAGAAGGCGUGUCACAAAACGUGUAGCUCGCAAACACACUCCGAGACGUCACGUCAGAGGGGGCGGGGCCUCAAGACGCAGGCGGCCUGACACUGAGCACACUCCUCCUCCUCCUCACGUCCCCGAGGCCCGACGAAGCCUUGCUGCUUGACUCUUUAAACCAAAAACAAAAAAACACACAUGUCCUACUACUGACGGAUGCUGUCCAUUCGAGUGGGCAUCGCACAACAGACAUUAUGUCACCGAGCUGUUGCCACGGAGACGGCCCUCUCCUAACUAGCUGGCCUUAACAAGACUUAUCGGCUGGUGCUACAGAGACGAGGGCCGGCUUAAGACAUGUGAAUGAAACCCGGAGAUCAACACGUAUAUCAAGAAGACGUGCGAGCAUCUGUGUGCCCGUGUGUGUGAGUGUGUACAUUUCACAUAUUAACUUCUAAAGGUUGCUGCAUCUCUCUUCUUUUUUAUUUCAGUGGAGAUUGGCGCUGGCUGAAUUAGAAAGGAAAACCCAGGUGUGGCUGAUGUAACUGAAUGUAAUGUUUCGAGGAGUCUUUGAACAAAGAGUCUUCACUCUUUCAACUACAGUGUAGCUGUUUCUUUGACCCCAAGCCUCAAUCAAUGAGAUCUUUAUCUUUUUCCUUUUUUUUUCUCGUCUUUCUCAGGUAUUUUUAAUACUAAUCCUUUUUUUUUACAUGUAUGAUUCAAUUUUAAGGUCUUUCACUAGAUUGCAACGCCGCAUACAUUUCACUGGGUAUUUGAAUGUACCAAAAUUGUAUCAAAUGUUUGAGCAGUUUUGCAAAGAGGAACGCGUCUUGCGUGAUCCCAAACCUCUUCACUCGGAUUGAUCUGUUGAAUCACGGCCAGAAUGUUAAUUCGCCUUUUUUUCCAAAAGGCCCGGUCACACCAACUCAAAUGAUUCACGUCCAGUUCAUCUUAGUGACUGACAGACGACAUUUGAAGGGGACAGAGAAUUCGAGAGUCAAAGAGGAGGCUGUGACAGCUUGUUCGCCGUCUUGCACCCUCCAGGUAGAAACCGCUCCACUAAAGCUCUUAAGACUGCCUAACACUAGCCUAAUAUGUCGAUAAAUAUCACUUGCAGCCCCCCCGACUACACCCCCAAGCUUCUAGAAACACACAACCCACAUACAGCCGCAGGUUUAUGUCACGUUGCAACUUUCUGGUGCGACUGGGCCUUGGAAACAGGUCAUGUCUUAAAAAAAAAAAAAUGACAAUUUCAGAUGUAACUGAAUAAAACCGGUUAAUUGUAAGACAACAGAAUGAUGUGCUGAUACUGAACUAAGAUGUAAGAGUUCUGACAGCAUGUGAUAAAACUUCAAAGUUUGAGUUUUGUUUUCCUACCUGAGCAGACAUUUUGUGUCGUGGUGACCCUUUAUAAGGGAUUUAGAACAUUUCAACGCUGUGUAUGGAGACAACAAAUCAAAGUAGUAUUGUGUGGAUCGAGCAACAAGACAGAAUGUAAAGAAUAUAUAUAGAGCCACUGCUUUUUGGUGUAUUUAUCCAUGAUAGUCAAAGUUAAAACAACGCAAAGGUCGAGAGAGUCAAACAUCUUGUUGCAAAGCAUUCGCGCUUGUCUUGUCUGCUUUCUGUUGAAAGUGUGUGUCUGGUUCUGACUGAUAAUUGUCCCUCAUCUCCUCUGCUUGGUUGGUCUGUUUUAAUGAGAUUUGUGUGUGUCUGUGUGUGUGUGUGUGUGUGUGUGUGUAUACACGCCCUUGUCGGCGAGAGACGAACCACGCAGCAGGACACAGACAAGACGCCCAGAUGUUGCCCGUGGAAUUAUCCCCUCAGUGGCUGUGUGUUAGUCACUGGGCCCUAUCGUUUCUCUGCAGACGGAGGCGACCCAUGGGGGGGAUGGAGGGAUGGAUAAAGGGAGACGGGCGCCUCUGUUCUUUUUGAAGACUUUUGAAGUGGGAGCCCGGGCCUUGCGGGGCCUGGACAGCUGCCUCUCUCGGGGAGGGCUGCCGUUCCACUCUCCCUGGUCGCUCUCAUUUUAUUCUUUCCGCUCUAUCUCAUAGUUCCUUUCUUCCUUAUUCUCCCUCCUCACAUCGUAUCCACGUUUCUCAUCACAGGCAUUCUGUCCUUUAGUCGCCACAGAAAGCCUUAUGUUUACACUACUAGAAAUGAUGUAGUGGCGACAACUAGUGUAAACGGACAAGUAGUCGUUUUAUUUCAUGAAUUUGAGAUGUAAAGUUGUCUAAAAGCACUGCGAACAAAAUGUUGGGUUCAACUUGGAUUUGCCGAGCACUGAAACGCUGCUUCCUCUAUUGGUACUAGCACACAAUCACUUAGACUUAAGGUUUACAUACAUUUCAAGGGGAUGUGGGUUUGUUCGGUUUAUUUAUUUUGAAGCUACUGUUGUAAGGUUUUUUCCUUCAGACACAUGUAUGAAUUCCUGUCACUCCCAGUCUACAAAUGUCCUGCUCUCACUACUGAAUAGAUUUUUCUUGUUUUUUUAGAGCCUCUGUGUGUACUGCUGUUCGAUGUAUGUGUGAGUGAAUGGAAUCUGAGGAGAAACCAAAGUGUGACGUUAAGGGUUUCCAGCUGCCGGGUGUCGGAGGAUCGAGUGGCGUUCUCAGCACUUUAGUAUAAGACGGGCCCGAUCAAUGCUCCAUCUGUGUUCACAAGUCACAAGUGUUUAUUCAUCUGAGAGUAUAGUUAUUGACGUGAAGGUAUUUUUCGUGUUUGACUAAGAAUGUGUCUCACUUCGUACCUUAACGGGCCUAGUUGGAGAUUACUAGACACCGGAAACAAUCAAUGUUUUUCUCGGAACUGUGGCGAGUAUCACAUCCUGUGUCGGUUUAUGGAUAUGCAAUCAGAGCCCCCUGUGGAGAGGCCUGUCACUAGCAACGCCCCCUCCAUUCGUGCAUCAGUGUAGAUUGACAAGUUGUAAUACGGAGGGGUGGAAAAAUCACUCCCGGGCACAGGAAACACAGAUGAGGCUCCCAAACAUCAGCUUACGCCGAGUUUCUAAUUAUGACAACUUUUCUGUUGUGAUGCAACUUCUGACGAAUCAACUGACGAGUCAUUGACCUGCUGGGGAAGAGUAACGGACUAAAUCAAAUGAAUGUACCCACUUCCUCUCUUUCACUCGUCCUUAUCUCCACACAGGAACUCCAAGUGCUAAGAUUAACAUCUGUAACUGAAUCACUUUACAGUCUGACAAAUCUCUUGUAUAACUUGAGUCCCUUUUUCAAAAGAUUUAUAUAAUUUGCUCUGUAUCGUGACUGAUUUGCUGUAUUUGUUACUGUUAUUUUACUGGAGGUUUAUAUUGAUCAAGCUUUAGCAUGAAAUAAAUCACUGCAUUUCAAAUCA